AUGAUAUUGCUCACACUUGCUCAAGAGAGGGAUUUCAUUCCCAGAAGUAAGGCAAGGGGACCGUAUAAAAGGUCUCACCCUCCAAGGAUCCAGACAUACACUUCUGAUCUUCGCUACUGCAGCUUUUCCAGUUGGCAUUUGAGGUAAGUCUGGAGAUAACACCUGCUCUAUUGAUUGUAUUUGUGGGAGGUUUGAACGUUGAUUAUUCAAGAUGCAUGGGGAUAACCUAGUUUCCUGAUUAGGUGUCUUUGGGUUGCAUUCGACUUAGAAUAGACACAAUGAAAUGAAUGAACCUUUAUUAGCCAUAUCUAUUGACUUCACUGGCUCUACAUUGAGAAGGAUUGGCAUUGGGUACAAAUAUUUGUAACCAACAAACUGUAGGCAUUGAUGAACUAAGGAAUCAAAAGAAUCUUUGACUAAGUUAGAGCUGAGUUAUCACAAAGAGAAUGCAUCUAGCCAACCGUUUGAGUGGCACACACAGGGACAUAUGAAGAGUCACAGCUCGGUGGUAGAACAUCUGCUUUGCCUGCAGAAGGUCCCACACUCAACUCCCAGCAUCUCUUUUUUUAAUAAUAUUUUUUUAUUAAUUUUAAUACAAAUCCAAUAAAAGCUGCAUUGUCACAAUACCAAAUUACAAUCCAAUUGAAAACAGAGCCAAUGAUUCAAAAACCGAAUUAAACAAUUUGAGCAGCUCAAGGUAAAUUCCCAGCAACUCAAGGUACAGAUGAAAUGGCCUCCUGUCUGAAACUAGCCCUGAAAGAACUAGGGUUCAAGGUAUAUGUUCUUCCUUAAAGAUAUUAGGGAGCAUUGUCAACUAAGACAGGAGUUUCUUUAGUCUGGAUUACUUGCUUUGCAGGAUGAGUAGAAUGAUACAAACCUGGGAUACGUUGGGUGAGCCCCACACAGUUAAAAUGUUGAUUUAUUUACUUAACAUUUGUAUCCCACCACUUUUCCUCCAAGGAGCUCAAGGUGGUGUGCAUAUUUCUGCUCCCCGUCUUAUCUUCACAACCACUCUGUAGGCUGAGAGUGUGGGACUAGCCGGAGGUCACUCAGUGGGCUCCAUAGGUGAGCAGGUAUUCAAAUCUGAGUCUCCCAGGUCCUAGUCCAGCACUCUAACCACUAUACCACACCAGCUCCAUUUAGGAAUGGAUAUCAUUUUCUAACACAGACAGAACAUUAUAGAUGCCUCCUACAGGAAGGGAAGGUCACUAUAAUGUGAGCUGCUUUGAGUGGAAGACUAAGAAAGGUAUGUUUCUGCUGGACCUUCUCUGAAAGGCUGUUUCUUCAUUUCCCACAGGACUCCAGAUUUGACUGAUAUCAAGAUGUGCUCCCGCAACGAUAGAGGAUGCCACAACAAACCACAGGACUCCUGCCACGACAAACCACAGGACUCCUGCCACAGGGGUGGAAGUUCCUGCCAUGAGGACAGAGGCUGCCAACAACAACCUCCCGUGGUCAUCCCAGCUCCAUGCAUUCCUCCUGUGGUCAUCCCAGCCCAGUGCCCCAAACAACCUCCCGUGGUCGUCCCACCUCCAUGCAUCCCUCCUGUGGUCAUCCCACCCUCUUGCCAGCAACAGACGAAGCAAACCCCCCAGUGGCCGCAGCAGCAGAAGUAGAGAACAUGAGACUCCUGAGGAAGAUGUGUUUGUUGGCUGAAGGGUCACCAUCUUCUGUUCUGAGUCAUCAUUGGCUAAAAGAAGCGGA